AUGCUAACCGCUUUCAGACAUUUAAAUCGUACAAAGGGCACUUAUGUCCAUGCUUUAAAAGCUCAGGCUCAUAUUCAUUUGAGAAAAACUGCUCGUGCUUCAGGCGCUACUGCUAUCGGGUUCUCCCGUAGCUUAGCAACUGACACAUUUGCACUUUCAAAUAACUCCAAUUAUAUUGAGGAGAUGUAUGAGGCCUGGCGCCAGGAUCCUAAGUCGGUGCAUGUUUCCUGGGACGCUUACUUUAAAAACUUGGAUUCCGGAGUUGCUCCUUCAGCUGCUUUUUCGGCACCCCCAACUUUGAUCCCUACCCCAGCAGGUGGUGCUGGGGUCGGUUUUAAUCCUGGAGCGGGUGGCCAUAGUGAAGAUGUCGUCACCCAUUUGAAGGUUCAAUUGUUGGUACGUGCCUACCAGGUGCGUGGCCACCAAAAGGCGAAGAUCGAUCCUUUGGGUAUUUCUUAUGGGGAUCAGCCUGAUUUACCUAAGGAAUUGACAUUGGAACAUUAUGGAUUCACUGAGAAUGAUAUGGACAAGUCAAUCACUCUUGGACCUGGUAUCUUACCCCGUUUUGUUGAGAACGGGAAGAAGUCAUUGACCUUAAGAGAAAUCAUCGAUGCUUGCGAGCGUUUGUACUGUUCAUCGUAUGGUGUUGAGUACAUUCACAUCCCUUCGAAGGAGCAAUGUGACUGGUUGAGAGAAAGGAUUGAGAUUCCCCAACCUUUUAAGUAUUCUUCGGAUGAGAAGAGACAGAUCUUAGAUCGUUUGAUUUGGUCCUGCUCAUUUGAGUCGUUCUUGGCCACCAAGUUUCCUAACGACAAAAGGUUCGGGCUUGAGGGUGCGGAAGCUGUGGUUCCUGGUAUGAAAGCGAUGAUCGAUACAUCUGUUGAGCAUGGUAUAGAAGAUAUUGUUAUUGGUAUGCCUCACAGAGGUAGAUUGAACAUGCUUUCCAACGUUGUGCGUAAGCCUAACGAAUCUAUCUUUUUUGAGUUCACGGGUUCCAAGGAGUUUGACGAGGGUUCCGGAGACGUUAAGUACCAUUUGGGUAUGAAUUACAAGAGACCAACAACAUCAGGUAAGCACGUGAACUUAUCGCUUGUUGCUAAUCCGUCGCACUUGGAGGCUGAAGAUGGUGUUGUUUUAGGUAAGACAAGAGCAAUUCAGGAAUACAAGACUGAUACUGGCGAAUUUAAGAAAGCUAUGGGUGUGUUGUUGCAUGGUGAUGCCGCAUUCUCUGGCCAAGGUGUCGUUUACGAAACUAUGGGGUUUGCUAAUUUGCCUGCCUAUUCUACUGGUGGUACAAUCCAUAUUAUCAUCAACAACCAGAUUGGCUUCACCACUGAUCCUCGCUUUGCUAGGUCUACCCUCUAUCCAUCCGACAUCGCGAAAUCGAUUAACGCUCCAAUUUUCCAUGUUAAUGCCGAUGAUAUCGAAGCUCUCACUUUUGUGUUCAAUUUGGCCGCAGACUGGAGAGCCACUUUUCAUUCUGAUGUUAUCAUCGAUGUUGUGGGUUACAGAAAGCACGGACACAAUGAAACCGAUCAGCCAUCUUUUACCCAGCCAUUGAUGUACAAGAAAAUUGCAGAGAAGAGAUCAGUGCUUGACUAUUACGUUGACAAAUUGAUUUCUGAGGGAACUUUCACCAAGGAAGACAUUGAUGAGCAUAGAAAGUGGGUGUGGAAUCUUUUAGAUGAGUCCUUUGGCAAGUCAAAGGAGUAUCAGCCAACUUCAAGAGAGUGGUUGACAACUCCCUGGGAAGAUUUCAAGUCUCCCAAGGAGUUGGCUACUGAAAUUUUGCCACAUCUCCCAACCGCUGUUGAUGCAGAGACUUUGAAGAACAUCGGCAGGCACAUUUCCGAAACGCCCAAGGGUUUCGAGGUUCACAGGAAUUUGAAGCGUAUUCUCAACACCAGAAAGAAGACAGUUGAAUCUGGUGAAGGGAUUGACUGGGCUACCGGGGAGGCUUUGGCUUUCGGAUCGCUCUGUUUAGAAGGCUACCAUGUUAGAGUUUCUGGACAGGACGUGGAAAGAGGUACAUUUUCCCAACGUCACGCUGUUUUGCAUGAUCAAGAGUCUGAGAAAGUGCACACUCCACUUAACACCUUAUCUGAGGAACAAGGUCCGUUUGUGAUCUCAAAUUCAUCUUUGUCUGAGUACGGUGUAAUGAGUUUUGAGUAUGGUUAUUCUCUCUUUUCCCCAGAUGCUUUGGUUCAAUGGGAAGCACAGUUUGGAGACUUUGCAAACACUGCACAGGUGGUUGUCGAUCAGUUUAUCUCUGGCGCUGAGUCUAAGUGGAAGCAAAGGUCGGGUCUAGUUUUGUCUUUGCCACACGGUUACGAUGGUCAAGGUCCUGAGCAUUCUUCAGGUAGAAUCGAGAGAUAUUUGCAAAUGUGCAACGAAGACCAGCGAUUCUUUCCUUCGGAAGAGAAACUUGAAAGGCAGCACCAAGAUAGCAAUAUGCAAGUCGCCUAUCCUACAACGCCCGCCAAUUUGUUCCACUUAUUGAGACGCCAAAUGCAUAGACAAUUCAGAAAGCCAUUGGUUUUGUUCUUUUCUAAGCAAUUGUUGAGACACCCAUUGGCGAAGUCGGAAUUAAAGGAGUUCACGGGUGACUCCCACUUCGAAUGGAUUAUCGAUGAUAGAGAGCUAGGCAAAAGCAUUCAUGAAAGGGAUGGCAUCGAGCGUAUCGUACUUUGUUCAGGUCAAGUCUACACUGCCUUGCACAAGAAACGUGCUUCUAUUGAAGACAAGGCCACUGCGAUCAUCAAACUUGAACAAUUGCAUCCCUUCCCAUUUGCUCAAUUGCGUGACACUUUGAACAAGUAUCCAAAUAUCAAAGACAUAGUGUACUGUCAGGAGGAACCCUUGAACAUGGGUUCCUAUUCUUAUGUCGCCCCAAGGAUGGUUACCACCUUGGAAAACACUGAUAAAUAUUCUGGUUUGGUAUUGCGCUAUGCAGGCAGAGACCCCUCUGCCUCCGUUGCUGCGGGCUCGAAGGCAAUGCACAACGCCGAGGAAGAAGCAUUCCUUAAAGAAACUUUCCAGGAAGCUUAG